AUGAUGCCCAGAAUUUGGCGAACAAAGCGAAGUCCUCCUGCUGGCGGGACCAAACGGUUUGCGCCGAGUCGCAACGUGCAAUGCAGGCGCAUGUCUCGACAAGCUGUCGUCCAACAACACCCAUGCAUUCCUUUUAGGUAG